CCAAUAACAUGUUACUCCCAUACUCACCGCAUCCUUCUCUUCAUAGAUCUCGACCCACUCCUCCACAACAACAAUCACUUCAUCAAAAACAUUCUCUCCACUUCCAAAACCUUAUUUUCUUUCCCUCCAAUUUCCUCCUCUCUCUUCGCCUUCAAAUUCUUCUUUUCUUCUCUCCCACCUCACCUCUCUUUCUCCAAACUCCACCCUUUCCUCCCAAAACACUAUCUCUCCUUCGAUCAUCCUUCCUCCACUUUCAAUCUCCUCUCUAAAACCCUCUCUUCCCUCCCUCAUUUCCCUUUUCCACAUCACCCCAAAGCCUCUCACCUCCUCGAUUCCAUCACUCAACUCCUCCAUGAUUACCCCUGGGAACCGGAUACCGACUCCACCUCUCUUCUUGUUCCCCCCAAUUUAAUUCUCUUGUUUACCCCCUUGUUUAAUUCCUUCCAUUCCAUUGCCGCAUUUUUCGAUUCCGAUGAAAAAAAUUUGCGAAACGAGGGUUCCUUUUGUGAUAGGUUUUUGGGGUUUUUCGGGAGUGUGAGUCGUAGGUUUGGCUCCAAGGGUGUUCAUUGUAGUUGGAUUGGUGUUAAUAGCAAUUGUGUGAGUGAGAAUAGUGGCGAUGAUGACGAGGUUGGAAAGAUACGUGGGUUGUUUGAUAUUGGGGCUAGGAAAUUAGGUUGGGGUUUUUGCUCUUUGGAUUCAAUUUUGUUUGGUUCUGCUCUUGUUCCUUUUGGUUUGAUAUAUCCCAAAAUUGGGGUUUCGUGCUUUUCUUUUCGUUGUUGUUCUAGGGAAGUUCAGGUGCAAUUGAGUCUUAGGAUAUUGGAUGUUAAUGGGAGUCCAAUUGAGUAUAACUGUUGUGAUCUUGAAGUUUUGGAUUUGAGAGGUUUUAGUAGAGGGGAGGAUGUGAAUUUACAAGGUGGUGGUUGUUAUGGAAAGAAGGAGAGAUUGUGGAAUGUGUGUUCAGGUGGAACGUCGAAGUUGCAAGUUAAGGUUGUGAGGAAGUGUGAUGCGUUUGCUGAUUUGAGGGAUUGUCUCUCUGAUUCAGUUCUGGUGCGCGAGGUUUUUAGUGAAUCUAAGAAGGGAGAUUCGGGUGAGUUUUUCGCUGGUAGGGUUCUUGAAUUGCUAGCGACUGAAAUUGGCUGUCAGGGGCGGCGAAAAUCUGUUCCGGUCUGGGAGAUCUUGUUGAGUUUUCUUUAUAAAGAAGGUUACUGGGCUUUGGUUUCCGUUGACAAUGGAAAAAGUGGUGGUUCUUGUGUUGGUAUUCUUAGGCCUUUUACUGUUUCUUCAGCUCUUUUAUCUGUCUUGGAGGAUUCACAAUUGGCUAUUGAUUUUGAUGGAGCAAAUAUGGAUUGUGUUAUUAAGGCAGGUGUUUGCGAAUCAGAUCGCAAAUUCAACAAGAAUGCGAAUUUGUUGGAUACUCAGGUCAAGAGUGCUGUGGGAAUGAAGGGUAAGAGGAAAAAGAAGAUAACAGAUUUAAAUACUCUUCGAAACCUCACGUGGAGCUCCUUUUGUGAUUUGGUAUAUAAUCAAUUUGAGAUGGAUCUGCAUGAGGUUUAUUAUGCAAUGGAAUGUAACAAGUCGAAGAAGUUGAAGUUUUUGAAAUGCUGGAUGAAACAGGUGAAAAAAUCUAGCUGCUGUGAUCUGAUUUUGUCAGAAAAACCCAAGCCGGAUACGAUCAUUGUAGAAGAGAGUGACAGUAAAUUGAUUGAGUUACCUCAAAAUGGUGAAGAGCCAAUCCCAACGGUGGUUGUGUCAGCUGGAAUUAAUACCGAGGCUGCUACGAUACAGGAUGAUGGUGCGCUUGAUUUUAGGUCAGAAACAUCGGAAGCGUUUUUUAGUAAUCUUUCCAACAGGAUCCAACAGGGAAUUGAAUCUGAUGUCAUAGACCUUGGAGCUUUGGCAGAGCGACUUGUAAAUUCAUCUAUAUACUGGUUACGUCAGAAGGUUGAUACAGAAACAAUUCCUGAGAUCCAUUCUCCUAUGAAAGAUAAUAAUGUUCGUCGUAGGAUGGUUGUGUCUGAACUAAUAAAACUACUGUUGAAGGAGCCCAAGGAGAUAGCUGCAAAGCAUAAAAGCAGAAAUUCGUCCUCUCAGGCAUCUGAUGCAGGACCAACUACAAUAAUCACAGAACAUGCUGUUAGAUUAUAUGAACUGCAGAUUUUAUUUCGAAUGGAAAUUUUGCAAUCAGAGGAUGGAGGUGGAAUCGAAGAUUCAUGUAAACAGAAGUUUGUUAAACAAAUAUGCCUUCUUCUAGAGAACAUUCAGUGCCACAUGGAAGGGGGAUUCUUUGGUGAUUGGAAUCUUGAAAAUUAUGUCGCAAAGAUCAUAAAAAGCAGGUAUUCUCACACCCUUGAAGACAUUGUUCAUAAAAUCUACAACAAAAUGGACUUGCUUCUGUUUGCAAAUGAGGAUGAAGACCUGGAUUGUUUAUUUAACAGUGAGGAGAGCAACAGAUCAUUGAAUCUAAAAGUAUCCAGAGAUGAGAUGGGUGAAAAUGACAUCAGUAAUGGACCUUUCUCAGCAGAAAACGAGCGUUUUCAUUUGCAGAAGAAUGUUAGCGAAAAAUUCCAAAGAAUUAUAGAGAGGGAUGAUGAUAAAAAACUAAUUGAAGCUAUCGAGAGGAGAGAGAGGGCACACAGAUUUUCAUACAUCAAACGUCGGAUGCCUGCUUUGCGAGUUUGGGCCCCAAAACAGAAGGGUAUGAAGUCCAAGACAGAUCACCUUUGGAAGGUUUCAAAAAGAAAGGAGCGGCCAAGGGCAUGUUAUGACACAGUAUGUGAGACGCCAAUGACAAAAAACAAACAGUCAAGCCCGCAGACAAUAGGUUCAGAUGAUGAGAGUUACAUGGCUAAUGGGAGUCAAAUAUGUGGUUCAGUUUCUAAGGCAUUGUUUCAGGUAUAAUCUUUGAUGUGAUUAAACCAUCUGAUUUUGACAGACAGAGAAAUUGUAUAUGCUUACUUGAAGAGCAAAUCAAGAAAAAUUCCGAAUACUAGAUAUCACGUAACAUGCUAUAGAUGUUUCAGAUUUUGGUAUUCAACCAGUAAUGGUGGAAUGUCAAUGUUUGGACUCUGGAAUCAAAUGUUUCCCAGUAUUUACGUACAUGUCAGCUGAUUCAUUAUAUUAAAUAGUAAAUACAUCAUUUGUUCAAUUUGAUGCAUUUGUUAAAUUGAAGUUUUUAUUCUAACA